CUUCAGGCCGUACGGAUGGAAGCAAGUGCUAUGUAGCCGGAAUACAUUGAGUGCGAUGCCAUGUAACUGAUCUCCACCACCUGGCUAUGACGCAAUGAUAGUUAUUACAUAAGGGGAGGCAUCUAUUGGAAGUGAAGGGCUUGUUGAGGAUUGGGAUGACUGAAAUAAGCUAACGGUCUGGCGUGUGUUUUCAUCACAAAAUGCUCAAUGGUUUACGAUCUUGGUUCUAUGAUGAGUUCAAAUGUGAGAAUUGGGGCCUUCAUCACCCUAAGCCGGCGUUAUAUGCUACAUCACAGUGGCCCAUUCCACACAUCGUUUUCAUCAUCUAUCGCGCAUUAUGGGCGACGUGGUUUCUAAUAUGGAUUGUGAUGUGCGGGAUCGAUUGGAUUGGCCUCAUCCCUAGUAUGCGCACCUAUCCCGAUGAGACCUACAACAGUGAGAACGGUCCAAAAUGGUUCAUCUAUCUCACGCACUGGGCUUUCACCCUCGUCACAGUCAACUGCAUCAACCAGACGUCCCUUGCCAUAGAGUAUUAUAUAAAGAGAAGAAAAGUAACAUCGGAUGAUCAGCUUUUUCUGAAGAUGCCGCUGACCUACCAGCUAGCCUGGGUCAUCUACAACAUGUCCACCUGUUCACCUUUCAUCAUAUCGGGCCUCUACUGGGGAUUCGUCCAUUCGGUUGAUGAGCACUGGGUGCUGACGGGUGUCAACUUCCAUACGCACGCUGUCCAAAGCAUUUAUACGAUCAUCGACCUCUUCAUUACCGCCACUCCCAUACGCAUUUAUCACAUGGUCUUUCCGCUGAGCUGUGCGAUCAUUUACUCCGGCUUCACAGCUGCAUAUUUCGCUUGUGGUGGGACGAACAUCAUGGGAAAAAAUUUCAUCUAUCCUGGUUUAGAAUGGGACAAACCUGGGGAAGCGUUGUAUAUCUGUGGGGUAUUAGUUUUCUGUUUUACGCCACUAUUGCAUGUUUUUGUUUACGCCUGUCACCAGUUAAGGAUCUGGUUGUAUCACCGCUGCUACGGACAGCCCGAUUAUGGUAAUGAUGAUGUGAUCACCGGUGAAGAAGUAAAGGAAAUGAAUGUUGUAAUCAACAGCGAUGCCACAGUGGACAAAUCUGAUCUGACGCCUGUACUGACUCUGAAAACAGCAAUCGCAUAAAGUCCGUUUUAUAUCAUGUGCUUCGUUGAAUACUACAGGAUGUAUGUUGAGAGUGACCUAUCUGGCUUCAUCGGUGAUUUCACGCAACCCUUGGUCCAGUGGUUCAAUGGUCCCAUAAAACGUGAUAUUUCGGCACAGGUGUUGCGGUCAGGCCUUGAACGGGUUUUGAAUGAAUAUGUUCAGGAGUUUGUCUCAAUAGAUUUUGUCAUGGUCCAUUUACGUCACAUGGACCAGAUCAGCAUGGUACUUUGCUACAAUUAUAUAUCAAGUCGAAUUGGAGACUCUUUUUUGACACCCUGUGCUAGACUCUUGUUGAUUUUCUGGGGAUUCCAUCUCGAUCAGAUCUGUGGUGUGGCAGUAUUGUGAUAGAAAAGAAGUAUUUGGAUGAUGGACCAAAUGUGAUGAUUCUGUUUAUUAACAAAGAAGUUCUAUAUUAUGCAGUUGGAAGUUGUUAAUUGAUAAAUGGAAUUUAUGCAGGUUUAUUUUUUGUAAAUUGUUGAGAGUUAUUUUGGUUGAUUAUGACCUGGUUGAUAAAAGCAGUAUGUGUACUAUGAGUAAAUUUACAACCUCUUUUAACAUGCCACCUGCUUCCUGGACAAAUUAUUCGCCCCUCAGAAGAGAGAGUAAAUCUGUAGCUGUUAGAGAUAUGCAGACCACUUCGAUCCUUUCCUUUAUUAAUUUUGUUCUGCAUAUCUGUUUGUAGUUUUCCAGCUCCAAAAUACACCUAGUUCACUUCCAAUAAUUUGAAAUCUCCAUUUGAAAUUUUUUUAAAUACGUUUACAACAAAAACAAGUAUGAAAUAUUCAUAUUUUAAGCUGUUAUAAACUGAUUGAUGGGUUUGUCUGGAAAGGUUUUGUUUGUUUAUAUUCAGUCCUCGAGGGAGGUAGCAAUAAUGAAUUAUGCUUUAAUAGCAAAUUGGAACAAUCGCAAUUCAAUUAAGCGGGCAAAAUCCUCAGAAGUUACAAAAGCACCAAGGUACAAAAGUCCUUGCCACGAAAGAUUGUUUAUUUCGAAAUACUGUAGGAAUAUGGUAAUACAUCAACGGAUUAAUUUUGUUAUGAAAUAUUUGACAUUUUACUAUGAAAUGAACGAAUUAUAGUUCAUUUAUUGACUCGUGUUAAUGAUUCUGUAUAACAACCUUGUUGUCUUCCACCCUUUUUACUCACAAUUGGAUAUUUUGAAUCCGUGAGGAAUUUCAUAGGCCUACUGAGUUUUUGUUUCUUUUCUGUGUAAUUAUUUGUUGGGUAUAAUGAAUGAAGUGGCAUUAGAAGAAAUAGUAGAGUAUAGGUUAUUUUGUGAGUUCUAAUUUAGGCAUAGUAUCCACAGUAUAGUGUAAAAAUAUGAAGAAUACAGAGGUGCCUUUCUGUGGAGAAAAUGAAGAAGAGAAAAUGAAAAGUGGUGCCUGAUAUGAAAUGCACAGAAAAAGAAGUGGUGCUGCAAAGUCUGACUGCUCUUAAAUUGAUAACCGUUUCAUUUAUUUUGGUAUUACAGUAUGUUUAUGAAAUUUCAGAUAGAUUGUACUAGUUUUUCUAGCUUAUAACUUCAGAUGAACUGUACCUUUGCCUCACACAGUCUCCCUCAUGACAUACAUGUACCUCAUAUCUAUUUUUGUAACAUUUCUGUCCAGGGUAUAGAUCAAGUCGUAUUUUUGUGAAUUUGUGGACAUUUGUGAAAUGUUUUAACUGUGUAUAUGUUUUGUACAUUGCAUGAAAAUACGAAAAGUGUAUAGGCCCAGUGUAUAUUCUGAUCUUCUUGUCUAGAAAGGGUGUCUAUUGCUGAAGUCUUAUUUUGCUACCAUAUUUGGGAUAUGCCCUUUGCCUAAAGUGUCUUUCAAAAAGACAAAUAUUGUAUAGGUCACACAUGACUACAAAUGGAUGUUGAUCACCUGCACCACUCUUUUUCACUCUUUCCUGAAAGUCCGACCUUUUUGGAUUGAAUCAAAUUCAUGUAUUUGGCUUUGAAUGGGUUAACAGAUGUUGACUGGACAGUUAACCCUUUCAAAUCUAAACCCCUCUGAACUCUGAGACAUCUUCUUCUUACAUCCAUUAUCAGUCAUAACACUUGAGAAAUAGGUUCAGUACCAUCCUAGUUGCAACCCAUUUGAGGAUUUGAGGAUUUUCAAAUGGAUUAUAUCAUUUCUAUACAAACAAGUUUUCUGUAUAACUAUCUUUUAAUUGGCGGCAUGGGUUGGUCUUGCAAUCAGCUAAGUACCAGACCCAUGGGCCUCUUGUUACAAAGUCUUUAGAAGUCAUGCCUUCAUUUUCAAUGGGACAUUAUUGCUUAUAACAUGUAUAAUGCCCCACCCAGCUCUGGUAUAGUAUACAUGUAUUUGUAACAGGUGUGUCUCUUCUGUAAUUUAUCAAGGAUACACUGCUGGUCGAGAUUGUAUUAAGCAUCCAUGUCUCAUAUGCGGAUGCAGUGCUGUUAUGUACAGAUACAUGUAAUGAAUGUUAUUUUGGUACCCAAUGUUAUGCAGCAUAGACAUUUUCAAAGAUAACACGGUGGAAUGAGAAUUUUGGUACAACCUGUGUUGGUCCUGUUCACUGAAUAUGAGAUAUUUUUGUAUUGGCACUGUAACUAAAGGUCAACCUGUCAGUGGUAUUUCAAUCUUUAAGCUGAAGAAUUUGAAAAGGCUAAUGGUUGUCAAUCAUACUCGGAAAUAUUGAGAUGAGAGCUUAGGUCAACCAGGACAUUGUUGUCAUGUGUGUAAAUUAGGAGGAAACCACCAGGAGCAGAGUGAUCAAGGUUUGACCCUAAUUCACCUCUUUCCUCAUCAGCACCCUUGCAGUGUGGCAUUGUUGGUUCGAAACAAAUUGACCAACUUAUGGGGUCAAGCCCUUAAUGUUUCCAACAUUGCGUCAGUCAGGCGUACCAUCAAAUCGACCCAAUAACUCAGCAAAGUUCAGCCACUCCACUGCAAGAGGGGCUCAUCUGAAAAGGUAAAUUACUAGAACCGAGGAUCAAAUUGUGUUGGCCUUGACUAUUGGCUUAUAUGUCCCUGUAAUCUCAUCCCAUGCUGCUACAAUUGUCAGUUUACAAUAGUAACAUCAAAGUAGCAGAUGGCAACGUUGUGUAGAGAUUUCUUUCUGAGCAACAUAAUCGAAAGAUGAAUGUCGUUAAUGUGCUCAUCCAAUAAAAGAAUGCCUAUUGAUCCUUGACAAUAAUGUGAUUCUCAAAAAAUGGCUUCCCAGUUAGAUGAAGUUUUUUUCUCAUUAAUCCAGGUAUCAGUGCUUCCCUAUCGAAUUUCUUUAAAAGUUGUUUGUUCCUGCACUGUGAAUGUUCACAUACCCAGUGUGGAGUUAUGUGGAUGUUCACAGAACCAGUGUGGAAUCAUUUGGCCAUGUUCACAGACCCGGUGUGUAGUGUGUGAAUGUCCUCAUGUCCAUUGUGCUGUUGUGAUGUCAUAAUAGUCAGGGAUAGCCACAGAAUAGAGUUCAUAUUUUUCUUAGUAAUAAUGCUAUCAAACCCUUUAUGAGGAGAUAUAUAUUACAAAAAUGUGUCUAUUGUAUAUACAUUAUGAAUAGUAUUUAGUGCAUGAAAGGACGGAUAGACUUGUAUAUCUGGUGUUAUGUGUCUGAGUUUUGAUGGAGCUGAUUCACAUAUUUGUAUUGUUAAACCUAUGCAUGAAUGGACUGCUGAAGCUUUAAUGGGGAUCAUUUAUGUUGCAUGUAGGCAAACAAGUCACCAAACCCAAAACUCGCCUGCCCACCACAUCGUUUUCAAAAUUUGAUUAACUUUCUUUGAUAUACACUCACAAUGCUGAAAAGUAUAGCCUGCAAAGCUGCAUAAUUUACUAAUGGUUUAAGGUCAUCGGAAAGAAAACAUCUUCCUUUGCUUUGGCCCUCUCGAAUUGACACCUUACCCCCCCCCCCCAUGAAUACAUGCCUCACAAGUGACCCCUACUAUCAUAGCACAUCUUCAUCAAUACAACAUGGCAUUUUGUCGCAGCAACAAGACUGGUGUAUUUUUAUAACAUGCAUGCUUUUAUAUACGGUUUGUGUGGAUUCUAGUAAUAAAAUACAAA